AUUACAUACUGAAAGGGACAUUUAGAGACUGGGUUAGUUAUUGUGAGCAGUCCUUGCAUUAGGAAAACUAACUAAUCCAAGCAGAUUUCUAAAUGGCCGCACAGCUCGGGCACAGAGAUAAAUAAAAGUUAGGGUUUCUUCGUUUUUUUGAAGGGCUUAUGUGGGAAAAUAUCAUAAUUACUUUCCGCGGUUUGAAGAGAGAGAUCAUGCUCUUCGUUUUGAAUUUGGGUUUGGGAAGGGAAAAAAGACAAGUAAAAGGGCACAAACACAGAGAGACUCUUCUUCUUUUGGGGUAAGCAGGCAAAAGUACAAGCUAUCCCCCAUCAUUCAUUUGUGUGGGUUUGAAGAGGUAAGUUUUUCAAGGAUCCUCAGGGAGAAAAUUUUUCCAAACUGAAUCAAUUAGAGAGAUGAGAAUAAUGUUUUUUCUGUUUGGUUGGUUUGAAGGGCCACUGUCCUACUGCCCUCUAAACGCAGAAAAGAGAAGAAACCGUACAACUUGCUUUACUCAGAUUGAGCCUGCUCAUCAUGCCAUGGAAGAAAGCUAUGGUUAUAUACUUGUUUCAUAUCAGUUGAAAGCUGAGAAAUCUGGUUUUAUAUAGCCCACUCUUUCAAUGGAAGCCUAAAACCCUACCUCAAUCUAGCUAGACACUUGAUUUCUUAUCUAAAUUGAGGAGUAUAUUGAAAAGAUUGUCCAUCAGUCCCUACCACUGUUGUUGUGCUUCCACGUUUAGUGGCAUAGAGCCUGGGCUUUAACCACUCAUUUAAUCAUUUUUGUAUGUAUUCAUUUAUAUUUUAUAUACAUCACCCACUUCUUUCUUUUCAGCUCUCUGUAUCUUAAUUUUGCCCUAAAAUGGAUGUAAAAUGAUACAAAACUAUUUUGUCCCCAGCAAAUGCCAUCUAGCCACUGGCUUUAAUAUAAAAAAUUUCUGUCUAUCUAGCUAUUCCUUCUCUCUCUCUCUGUCUAGAUCCGUUGCUUCAUUUAAGGCUUCCCUGAAUCUUAGUAUUGAUACCUGAUUUUGCUGAUGGAGUUUUCUUCUUAAGGUUAGAGAAGCUAGCUAGGGCUUGUACUGUCUGUUUUCUCGGUAAAAAUGUUCUCUUCCGAUGCCAGCAUCAACCAUUUUACAAGCUUUUCUUCCUCUUACCACCAUUUUCCUUCUUUAUUUGCUGGCUAUGACACCAACAACUACUGUUUGCUCAACUACCAACAUGAUCCACUCAGUGGUGCACUGUGCCCCUCAAAUCCCCGGACGACUGAAUCUUUCACUAACAUGCCCUUUUCAGCCGAUGCAACCAUGGGAAGGCAAGAUACUGAUUGCCUGACCGAAGAAUGUUUUGAUCAUUCAGAUUUUAUGGGAACCUGCAAGAGACCGGCUGCAAGGAAAGAUCGGCACAGUAAGAUUUACACAGCUCAAGGUUAUAGAGAUCGAAGAGUGAGACUCUCCAUUGAGAUUGCCCGCGAGUUCUUUGAUCUUCAAGACAUGCUAGGGUUUGACAAAGCGAGCAAAACGCUAGAGUGGCUGCUAAUGAAAUCAAGAAAUGCCAUCCAAGAAUUAGAAAUGAUGAAGAAAAACAACAAUGAAGAUAUGGAGAGGACCGUUUCGAAAAGUAAGACUCCUGUGGGUGUUUCUGAAGAGAACCAGACUGAAAUGGCAACUCAGAAAGAUGCAUUUCAUCAACUUAUUCCAAAGGAAAGCAGGGACAAGAAGAGGGCAAGGGCGAGGCAAAGGACUAAAGAAAAGAUGUGCACUACAAAGAUCAACGAGGGGAAAGAAGGGUCCAACACAAGCUCCCAAAUCUUAAUCCAAUCAAGGUCCUUCACCCAAUUCAAAGCUUGUGAAUCAAACAUGGAGUCCUCCGAGGAUGCACCAGAAAAUCUUGCGACGGUUUUGGAGGACUCCAUUGCACUGAAAACGAAUAUGAAUUUAUCUUCAAUUAUUGCUUCUCAACAAAGCCCUGGAAUGUCAAAAGAAUCUGCAAAUUGCAGUACAAACAACUAUAAUCACAAUCUAACUCAAAAUUUGGAUAUCAGUAGUGCAAUCCCCCACUCUACCUUUUGUGCUAUCACCAACAUGAAUCUGUCUGCAGGACUCUAUCUUUAUGGCAAAAACUGGGAGGCAUACAGCAGAGAGAGUCAACACUGACCGGUACGCAUGAACUUUUAAAGAUGUAAGCUGCAGAUUUUCCUGUUAGUUUGUCUAAAUGUGCUAUAGGGAAAUCAGGGUAUCCAUGGAUGCUAGCUGAAGUUUAUCUUUUCAUUUCUCUGAAUUUGUUUUGUGUUGGAACAAGAAUUCAGUACUUUCUCUAUGUUUUCUAAUAUUAGUUUUUGUUUUGUCUUUCUUUGACAAAUUGUUGGUAUUA